AUGUUCAGCUUGGAAGGCAAAAACGCGCUCGUCACCGGCGCGACCGGUGGUAUAGGCGAGGCAAUUGCCCGGGUGUUGCAUGCCCAGGGAGCAUCGGUUUCCCUGUCAGGCACACGUGCCGAAAAGCUGGAAGCCCUUGCGGCGGACCUUGGCGAACGCGCGUUCGUGACACCUGCAAACUUGUCCGAUCGUGAUGCGGUCGACGCCUUGUUGCCGUUGGCUGAAGAGAAAAUGGGUUCUGUGGACAUUCUCGUCAACAAUGCCGGAAUUACCCGUGACAAUAUCUUCAUGCGCAUGAAGGACGAAGAGUGGGACCAGGUUCUGGAGGUCAAUCUGAGUUCCGGUUUCCGCCUUUGCCGUGCUGCAAUCAGGGGCAUGAUGAAACGUCGUACCGGCCGCAUCAUCGGCAUCACAUCGGUUGUCGGUGUGACCGGCAAUCCGGGGCAGGUCAACUAUGCUGCCGCAAAGGCGGGAAUGAUCGGAAUGUACAAGUCUCUGGCACGCGAGGUGGCCAGCAGAAACAUCACCGUCAAUACGGUUGCGCCCGGAUUUAUCGAAACAGCGAUGACCGAUGCGCUGAACGACAAGCAAAAAGAAUCAAUUCUGACGAGCGUUCCGGCAGGCCGUCUGGGCACGUCGGCGGAGAUUGCCUCUGCCGCGCUUUAUCUUGCCAGCGACGAGGCGGCAUACAUCACUGGCCAAACACUGCAUGUGAACGGUGGCAUGGCCAUGAUUUAA